AUGGGGCUCUGCUACAGCCUGCGUCCGCGGCUCUUUGGCGAACCCGGCACAGCAGCAGCAGCAGCAGCAGGCGGCGGCUCCAUCUCCAGCGCUGCCGCCACGACCACCUCGGAGACAGAACAACAGCCAUCGCCCACGGCAGAACCCUCGGCCCGGCCGCCGCCGCCGCUCCUGCCCGGAGCCCAGGCCGGGAGAGCCAAAGGCAGAAGCGCAGCGAAAGGAAGCGGCAGCAACAGCAUCAGCGGCGAGAGUGAAGGAGCCGCUGGAAAGCCGCGCGCCGGGGAGGCGGACGGGCCGCUCCUGCUCCUGCAGAACGGAGAAGGGAACGGGGCGGCUCCCCGGGAGAAAGAACGGGAAUCGCCGCAGGGGCCGCCGGCAUUUCAGGCCAAGCCCGCCGCUGGCAAACAGCCUCUGGCGCUGCAGAAGCCCUGGGAGAAGGGGCGCUUGGAGGAGCGGGAGGCGGAGAAGGAAGCGAGGCGAGUUAGCAAGAGCAUUGACCGGGCGCUCAAGGAACAGAAGCGGGAAUACAAGCAAACGCACCGCCUGCUGCUGUUGGGUACGUACUACCCCCGCCUUGCCUCGCUUAGCGCACAGGUGGCGCUGGCUGCUUCCAAAGAUGACACAUGA